GCAAUAAUGAUAAUUGUUGCAGAGCGUUGUAUGCUCUACAAAGGGUUGUACCUUUAUGUUUCAGGUCUUUGUCUGUACUCGUUAUAUAUACAGAUAAGAAUACUCACAUAUCUCUGUAAUAGCUAGCAAACCGACCUCUGAAGAAAGUACCACAUCCAGCAGCAAUUCAACUAAAAUAGAAAUGGCAACACAAUACGACUGCUCGAGGAAGAGCCAAAGGUGCGACGCAUGCCGCACAAUGGCAUCAAGAGUGUCCGCCUCGGUCCCCAUCUCCGACCUCAUCUGCGGACCAGGCAUCUACCCUCUCAUAAUUGAAUGCCAAGGCAAAGGCACAAAGGACCAGCUCAUGGAGUUGACUAACCGUCUCCAAUCCGCCCUCCGAGGCACCACAGCAGGCCCCAUCCGCAUCGCUGCCCGUCGCGCCCCCGUGGGCAGGAACCCACCGGGAAAAUGGCACGAUUUCACAGGGAGCAAUGGGGCUGCGUACAAAGCGAGCAAGGCGCUCAAGCGCGCGCCUCGUCUAAUCGGCUUGCUUGACCCAGAGCAGGUGCUGGAGCAGUUCCCUGAGAAGCGACAGGUGUGGCAGGACCGUGUUGGGACGGCACGGGAAAUCAAGAUCCUCGUGGACUUUACGACGACGGUGGCGAGCAAGGGCGACUUUGAGCAGGUUGUGACGAGGGCCUGUGGGGAUAUCUAUCCCGUUGGGAGGAUAGUGCAUCCGGACGCUUCGGGGCACGCCAGUCUGCAUCGGCUUCAGUGGUUUGCGAUGGCUUGUCCGGAAGAGGAGGAGAAGGGAAAGCCGGUUGUGACUAUCACGAAAGCUGGUUAUGUUAGGAGAAAGCAGAAGUGAUUGCACUUUGGAGGUAUCAAAGUAUAUAUAUAGCAGUGCUUUAUUUCAACCGCUGUCCAUUCCUAUGCGCAUCGUUUAGGUAACCAAUAUACAAUGUAUACAAUACCCCUUCAACUAUGUAUUAAGGAUGAGACGCUGUUCUCGGGUAUGAAAGGGAGAAACUCUUGCCACUGUAGUGUAUGAUUAUCGUGCCUUGUUUGUUGGUCUUGAAGGUUAAAACAGGGCACUUCGUUAAUAAAUACCUUCGUGUGUCCUAAGUAUAUAUCGUUUGGUGAAGUCAACACAGCAUGGUAUGUUUCUCUGCUGUACGCUAAAUCAAUAAUAUCCCAAACAGCCCCUUAACAUACCUUCCGUGUAUGCAAG